AUGCUAAUAGGAACUGGGGCUACCGUUGGGGAGUUUGGUUUAGAAGCAGGUGCAAACCGUAGUCCAUGCUCAAACAUCUAUCCGGGCUCAUCAGCGUUUAGUGAAGUGGAAACUGCCGGUAUGCGAGAUUUUAUUAUUUAUCAGAUUCCGGAUCUUAAGGUUUACAUCAGUCUGCACAGCUACGGACAGCUCUUCCUCGCACCGUGGGGCUACACAAGUGAUAAGCCAAACAAUUACGGCGAUCAGGUAGGCUUGAAUAUUUAUCCAGCAUCAGGAACAAGCAUCGAUUACAUGCAGGAUAAGGGCGUCCCAUAUAUUUAUGGUAUUGAGCUGAGGCCAGAGGACGCGGACAGCAAUAUCGGCUUCACAAUACCCGCGCGAUUCAUUGAACCCACCGGUUAG